AUGCCUGAGCAGACGGCGACCCUGGUGCUCUACGGCCGCGUUGGGACGUACACGACCCGCACUGCCAGCAUGAAGGCGGGUGAUCACGGGGACAAGGGACUUUGGCGCGAGUGCGCAAACUCGAUUAGAUCUCAGGUGCUUGAGCCGUGGCGCGCGGCGGGAGUGAGGCUCGCCGUGUUCGUGCAGAGCUGGAAUCCGGAGCUUGCAGGCCGCAUGGACGCCUUUUGGAGCCCCACCGCCUCGUCCCACGCCUUGCAGAACGACUCGAUGCCCAACUGUCUGGCGGGCGUCUCGCCUCGGGAGCGGCUCGCGUAUUGUGGGCGGACGAUGUGGGCGUUGCUCGGCAUGAAGGAGGCGUUGGCGAUGCGAACGCGUUGGGCGGCCGCGGGGCGUGGACAGUCGCAAGGCCCGGUCAUCGUGAUGCGGCACGACGUUCAACCCACUGCCGGUCGUGCGUGUCGACGACGGGGCGCGCCUCCUCAAUACUCGACGCAGCCGACCAUCGGCCUGAGAUCGGUCGAGUACUCCGCUCUUGGCGAGGGCGGCUCCGCCGCUGCAAGUGCCGGCCCGGCGCUGCGCCAGAUGAGCUUCUGCGCAAACUCGGUCAACGUCGACUGGUGGAACAAGCUUGGCUUCCACAACUCUGCGCCCCACCACUACUGGGGGCUGUACUUCUUCACCACCAUGCGGCUGCGGCAGCAGUGCCAACCCAUCAGGCAGCAGUGGCAGCGCUGCCAGCUCGGCUUUGCAGCGCACACCUUCCGCGACUUCAACCUCGGCCGGUUUGUGAAGCCGGGCCGGGGCCAGUGCGCGCUGCCAGCACGCCUCGCCAUCUGGCGGCCUCCGACGGGUUGCAACGCCUCGGCCGUGAGCGGCUACGACGUCAUGUGCCCGAUCGCAACGACGCACCCCGGCUGCCACAACCGCAACCCUCUCGCCUCACAGCCGAGUGGCGCGUGUGGGACAGCGCUUCCGCUCGUCGACGGCAUCUCGGCUCAUCGUCGGCCAGAGCUCGUCGCUGUAGGCGUAUGCGGCGAGCCGGUGGAGGUGCAAUGCGGCGAGCAGCAGCCCGCUGCGAUGUCCGCCGCGGCUCGUGCGGCCCACGCGCAGACGCCCCGCCCCGAGUGCUUGUCAGCACUCGGCGCAAGUGCGAGCCGGCUCUACUCGCGAUCCUCAAACGAGGCGGUGCGCCACAAGGCGGCUGCUUGGCUGACACGAUACCGCUGCAACGAGAACAACAGCCAGACGCGCACGCCGGAGGCCGCGCCCUUUGCGCAACUGAUGGGUCGCACCAGCGUCAGCAAGGGCGGGCCAGUACCAGCACACACGCAGAAGCGCACGAUCUUAAAGGCGCUACACCGCCGGCGAGGCUCCACGCCCCGCAACAUUAGUUGGACGGCCGAGUUGCAAGCCGCGUGGACGGGGGUGGGCUGA